AUGGAAUCGGUUCUAGAGACUCUUCUCUUCACAUUCAUUGAUCCUCCGAAUGUUAAAAUAUCACCUCCACGAUGGCUCAAGAUGCCUUCACCGAUGCAAGUGUUCGCAUUAGUUAUGAUAACCUAUUUCUUCGUCACUGGAGGUGUCAUCUAUGAUAUUAUCAAUGAACCUCCAAGCAUCGGACAAACAACUGAUGAGAGAGGUAAUGCGAAACCAGUUGCUAUAAUGCAAUAUCGAGUUAAUGGACAAUAUAUUAUGGAGGGUUUGGCCGCAAGCUUCAUGUUUUCUUUAGGCGGACUUGGUUUUAUCAUAUUGGAUAAAUGCAAUAAUCCACUGACGCCAAAGUUAGAUCGGAUAAUGAUGUUGGGACUGGGUUUCGCUUGUGUUCUCAUUGGUUUCUUAGCUACGCGGUUAUUCAUGAAAAUUAAGAUGCCAUCGUAUUUGCAAGGUAUUACUGGCUAA